AUGAAUCGAAGUCUGCGCGCGUACCAGCGAAGAAAGCUUACCGAAAUCUGAGUUAUGGCGAGAAGGACGCGUUUGCAGGACCCAUCCACCAACCAGGCAAGAUUUAAUAUUCUGAACCCGGAGGGUGCGUUCUCCUCUUUCGAACCCCAACCCGGCUCCCUGCAACAACAUUGCCGCACAUUCAUUUUACAAGCUGUGGGUUUGAAACGACUAGCGCGCAUCGCAGACCUUCCGAUUCCAAAACCAAUGAUCAACUUUCUAUCCAAUCAGCUCUCUGUGGACGAUUUCUAUGUAAACCGAAAUAACUUGAGCUCAGAGAACAUAUUGAACUGUGUUUAUCCUGCCAAGUGUCUUCUGGACAUGUCAGAGGUGCUGCUAAAGUGUGUCAUGCCUUGCUUAGCUGAUGAGUUUAAAGCCGCCAUGGAAGCUUGGAAAGAUAUCAACCAUCCAAAUAUCAUGCGUAGUUUCCUGCAAUUUCACCAAGGCAGUACGGAAAUAAUUGUAUUUGAGUACCCUCCAGUUGCGCUUGAGGAUGUUAUCAGGGAGCGACGAGAACUAAGGAGACACUUGCCCGAGUACUUGAUAUGGAAAGCGUUUUGCGAACUGUGCUCUGCCAUGAAGUAUCUGAAUGAAAAAGGCAUUUUUUAUCAGACUUCUAAAGGGACAAAGCGUAUUUCCUUCGACGAACACGGGAACCUCAAACUAGACAGUGGUUUGCUGUACCAAUCAUCCCAGCAGGAUACGAUGAAUGACCCUGACAUCAGGGUUGAUGGAGCGGGAUUCUAUUCCCCACCGGAGGUCAUGAAAGGACAGGCUUUUGGCCCUGAAGGCCAAGUAUGGCUUCUUGGAUGUUUGCUGUACGAGCUCACGGCACUUGAACCCGCCUAUCAAGUUGAAGGUACCGACAUGUUUACUCCUCUGGCAAACAUGAUGGAGGGCAGACCGCCCCCAGAUAUCAAUGAAAAUUUCUCCGACGAACUUAAAGCCACAAUUCGUGAUUGCGUCAAGGGCGACCCCGACCAGAGACCAAGCAUGGAGGAGCUUUUGAACAGGGUUACUUUGACAAAAGAAAGAAUGAGGGAAGGCUAUCAGGGACCUGAAAUUGUCGACCUCUAAUGCAGGAAUACAACACUUCUGCCGCGUUCAUGGGAUAGGAGAAUUUAACAGCUCUUUCUUUAGUCGGAGACACAUUCAAAAAAUGACUUCAUGCGUCGACAAAACUACCGGAUCUUAAGUAACAUAUCAAACUCUGGCAUCGAAUGAAAAUUACAAAGGAUUUAACAUAAGGUUGAAGUUAGGAUACACUUCUGCUUUCUUAAGUCACUUUAUAAUCUUAUUGUGCACUAAACGGGGAGCUAAGGAAACAAUAAAGUUCUUAUCCUUUUUGUUA